AGACGUAAAUAUGCUGGUCCACCAGAUAUGGUGCUUAACCCAAACCAACCUACCAGCCAUCUUGUUGGUCAUCAGCAGAGACUAUAUAAGUUGAAUUUCACCAAUUAAAUCCUAACUUCACCUAGGUAUGAAUCAGAACCUGAGUGCAAAUAAGUCGUAGAUUCAUUUGUCCAGAUCUCAAGCCAGCGCUCGUCAUGUCCGCCACGUCACCCCUGUCGGCAAAGACACCAGUACGAGUGAGGCAGGGCCGGAUGGAACCGGCCGACAUCGGCGAGGGUCAGCGCCCGUCGCUAUCUGAGGCGCCCGCUCAUGGUGGGGAGUGGGACGACUUCACCGCCGUGCACAAUACUACAGACAGCGUCUUUCAAGAAUUAUCAAUAGUGAAGGAGGAGAUCAAAGCAGAGAUCAUGGAAGAGAUGAAGGAAGAGAUCGAGGAAGAGGUCAAAGGAGAGAUCCAGGAAGAGAUCGAUGAAGAUAUCGAGAGUGAGGGGAAAGAGGAGGUCUAUUCGCUAGAGGCUGAGCUGCCCUUCCUACCAUGGACACCGGAUGAGGAUCCUUUGUCGGUCAGCGCUCUGCAGUCUCUGGUGAAGGAGGAAAACUUGCGGUGUCAGUUGCCGUCAUCGUCUGAGGACUUCUUCGGCUUCACUGAGGUGGACCGGGACAAGAAUUCAAAGCCCAUCCCGAAAGGCUCAGAGCUGCUGGUGUACUACGGAGACGACUCGGCCCCCCGGGAGCUGACCGUCCACUCGGAGACGUCUGGGGAGUCUGUGACUCCCUCUCCGGCCGGACCGUCAUCCUCAGGUAUUGGCGGUGCCCUUCGAUGUCCUCACUGCGACUACCGCUGUUCGGAACAACCGUGUCUAGACGGACACUUGAAGACACGGCACGGUGACGUCGUCAGGAUCGGCAGAUUCCAUUGCGAGUGGUGUCUGUACUCCUCGGACUCUUCCGCCCGCAUUAAACGACAUCGAAAAAGCCACACGAGCGAACGGCCAUAUGGGUGUACCACCUGUUCAACACGAUUUAAUUCCCGAGCCAGUCUCAUUCGACAUAUGCGGAUCCACACUGGGGAGAAGCCGCACGGAUGCUAUAUCUGCAAGGCACGAUUUUUUCGACGGUCAAACCUCAACACUCACAUGCGUACUCACACUGCUGAAAGGCCGUUCAGCUGCCCCUUCUGCCCGGCGCGGUUUGUUUUUCAGUCGAGCGUAAACAGACACUUGCGAACCCAUACUGAGCACCUUCCAUACGGCUGUUCAGUCUGCUCGGCACGGUUCGGUCACCAGGCAGACCUCAACAAACAUAAGCGUACACACAUUGAGGAGCGGCCCUACGGCUGUUCCGUCUGUGCGGCGCGGUUCUAUAUACGGUCAGACCUCAUCGGGCACAUGCGGACCCACACCGGGGAGCGCAUUUCUCUAACGAAACACACGAGCCUCCCGACCAACUAGCGCCGACUCUUGGGUGACGUCACAGUGAUAUUUUGUGCUAACGCUGAGCUAUAUGACACAAGCAUGCGUCUAUAGAGAUUAGGUUCAAUAUAUAAGCCUCAUUGAAUGUGGCGACAUCCACCGUCGCUAUGGUGUACAGGAUAACCCAAAGGUUUCUCUAUAUGUACAUAUACCUUUUCCUACAUUAUUGGCUAUUAUAGUAACACACACGAAGUAUAUUGGCAAAGUGCAUGAAGUACAUCGAGUUUGCAUUAUGGAGAGUUGGCGCAAAAGCCAUGGGCUUAUCUCGUGGCGCCAAAUCUCAGCUAAUCUGUCCACUGUCUCCAAUAUCACUACACUGCUAUACCGCCGCCGCCGUGUCUCGGAUUGUCUCGCGCAGCCAGCCGCCCCCACGCGUGCCCAGCGACGGGCGCAGGCCCACCAGGCUCAGCGAACAGAAUGGGUACUUUAGUAUUCACCGGUAAAUCUACCUGAUUCUUGCAAAAAUGUGUUGUUCCUAUACGCCACUGUAUCGCAGUGUAGCGCUCUGCCUCCGGCGAUGCCCGAUCUCGGUCCGAGGCUCUUCCGGAGAGAGUUUUGGAAGUUCCGGCUUUGUGAGCAACGCGGCGACCCGGCCAGUGUAUAGCGGAGCGGUGGCGCUAAUGUACGUACAUACAUAUGUGUGCACUGUGCAGAGGUGACGUGUGUGUUUUGUGUGUAAUAUUGUGCCCGCCUCACUCGUUUCAACUUUCACCUGACUCGGCAGCCAAGAAUAGCAAUUUUCGGAUGGAUCGGCUGGCCACGAUGAGUAUAAUACAGUACUGUUCUGGU